GGGGGCGGUGGAAAACGGAAGGGGAAGAGUAAGAAGUGGAAGGAAAUUCUGAGGUUUCCACACAUCAGCCAGUGUGAGGAACUCCGGAGAAGUAUAGAAAAAGAUUAUUAUAACCUGUGUGAGAAGCAGCCAAUUGGGAGGUUCCUCUUCCGCCAGUUCUGUCAGACGCAGCUAGAGCUCCAGUGUCUCAUUGACUUCCUAGAUACUGUGGCAGAGUAUGAAGUUACACCGGAUGAAAAACUAGGAGAAAAGGGAAGGGAGAUUAUUCUGAAGUUCCUCACCCCGGAGUCUCCAGUUUAUGUAUCUGAAGUUGGACAAGAUAUUGUACAUCAGAUGGAAGAGAAACUGGAAAUCAGCCCAUACAAAGAGCUUUUCUCUAACUGUGCCAAGUCUGUCUACGAUUUUCUAAGCGGAGAGCCCUUCCAGUGUUAUCUGUCCAGCAUGUACUUUGACCGAUUCCUGCAGUGGAAAUGGCUGGAGAGGCAGCCAGUGACAAAGAAUACAUUUCGUCAGUACCGGGUUCUUGGAAAAGGUGGUUUUGGAGAGGUGUGUGCGUGUCAAGUACGUGCCACAGGGAAAAUGUAUGCCUGUAAGCGCUUAGAGAAGAAGAGAAUUAAGAAGAGGAAGGGCGAGUCAAUGGCACUGAAUGAGAAGCAGAUCCUGGAAAAAGUGACCAGCAGAUUUGUGGUGAACCUGGCAUAUGCAUAUGAGACGAAGGAUGCCCUUUGUCUUGUGCUGACGUUGAUGAAUGGAGGAGACCUGAAAUUCCACAUCUAUAACAUGGGAAACCCAGGUUUCCAGGAACAGAGAGCCUCUUUCUACGCAGCUGAGAUAUUGUGUGGUCUUGGCGAUCUCCAUCAAGAAAGUAUUGUGUACCGAGACCUAAAGCCGGAAAACAUCUUGUUAGAUGAUCAUGGUCACAUCCGGAUAUCAGAUUUGGGUCUAGCUGUGAAAAUUCCAGAGGGAGACACAAUCCGUGGCCGUGUGGGGACAGUCGGUUACAUGGAGCCGGAGGUGCUCAAUAACCAACGAUAUUCCUUCAGUCCUGAUUUCUGGGGCCUGGGCUGCUUGAUCUAUGAGAUGAUAGCUGGACAAAGUCCGUUCAGGGGCAGGAAGGAGAAGGUGAAGCGGGAAGAGGUGGACAGGAGGGUCCUGGAGACAGAGGAGGUUUAUAGCCAGAAGUUCUCUGAGGAAGCAAUGUCACUGUGUAAAAUGCUUCUAACCAAAGAUGUGAGGCAUCGGCUUGGGUGUCACAAUGAGAGGGUAACAGAGGUCAAGAGACAUCCUUUCUUCAAAGUCAUAAAUUUUAAGAGGUUAGAAGCAGGAAUGAUGGAUCCUCCAUUUGUCCCAGAUCCUCGAGCUGUCUACUGCAAAGAUGUCCUGGACAUAGAACAGUUUUCCACUGUGAAGGGAGUGAACUUAGACCAAACAGACGACGACUUCUACAGCAAGUUCUCUACAGGUUCAGUGUCCAUCCCCUGGCAAAACGAGAUGAUAGAGACUGAAUGCUUCAAAGAACUGAAUGUUUUCGGGCCUAACGGUACCCUGUCCCCUGAUCUCAAUCGGAGUCACCCACCAGAGCCACCUAAGAAGAGUCUGCUGCAUCGCAUCUUUAAACGUCAGCACCAAAACAACUCCAACAGUUUGCCUGGCCCCAAGUCCUCCAUAAACCAUCACGUGAACACCAACCAUAUCAGUUCCAACUCAACGGGAAGCAGUUAG